GAGUGGAGGGGGUUCUGGAGAUAGUCAUGAGGGCUCCGCCUGGAACGGUCAGCUAGAGGCAGAGGUCAGAUCCAGUUCUGGGUUGGAGUCUGUCCCUGGAUCUCUUUCUGGGUCAAGGGUUGGAAACAAGUCUGGGUUUGCACUCAAAUCCACCUCUAGGUCACUUUCUUGGGAAGACCAGCAAGUCUAUGAUAUACAGACCAAUCUGUCUAGUGUUGUUGGGGAAAAUGUUCUGCUAGGAGCUGUUAAGUUAGAGACUGGCCAAAAUCUGGCCAGAGAGGACCUGUCUCAGAUGGACAAGCACAACAUGAUCACAGGGAGCAUCAUUCGUAAUUCUAUUGAAAGUCAAUUAAACAUUAGCGGAAAUGCUUCUUUUGACAGAAUUAACAGUAGUUAUAGAAACACAUCUUCUAGCGAAAGUUCUGGUUGGCAUGUUGAUGGUAAUAACAUGACGCAGUAUUCUCCCGAAUACUCUGUCUCAAGCGAUUUACUAACCACAGAAACUGAUCGUUCUUUCCUAGCUAGCCCUUUCCUAGCUAGUCCAUCACCUGCUGCGGAAUCCCCGCGCUGCCUGCCCAUCGAUUCCGACUUGUUGUUUUGCAGCAGGAUGGGAGUGGAGAGUUUUGCGGUGCCUAACUUCCUCAACCAGAGCAGCGUGGAGGAGGUGGAGGCACUGUUGCAGGAGUGGGCAUGGCUCUUGCGUUCGGGCUGCCACCACGGUGCCGAGUGGUUUUUCUGCCUGCUGGCAGUGCCCCGCUGCGGCCCCCCUAGUUUGCCUCCACAGCUACCCUGCCGCAGCUUCUGUGAGCUCCUGACCGACAGCUGCUGGACACUCCUGGGGGAUGGCCGCCGCCGCCUCCCCGUGGAGUGCAGCUCUCUCCCCGAGGAGAGCGACGAUGGCUAUCAGUGCCUGUCAGUUAGUGCCCAGAAAGAACAGAGCGGUGUGUCACUUCUGCAGCUGAUUGGUGAACCUCUACCCGAUGGCAUCGACAAGAUCUACGGACCAGAUAACAACCCUGGCUACGUGUUCGGCCCGAAUUCCAACACAGGUCAGCUGGCCCGUGCACACCUGCCCAACCCUUUCUACCGUGACUUCUCACUUCUCUUCAACCUGAAGCCCACCUCCACCAAAGCGGGCGUCAUCUUCUCCAUCACCGACUCUUCCCAGAAGAUCAUGUAUGUCGGGGUGAAGCUGUCAGCCGUGAAGGCAGGAAAGCAGAACAUCAUGCUCUUCUACACGGAGCCGGAUUCUCAGACUUCCUAUGAGGCAGCCAGCUUCAGCGUGCCCUCCAUGGUUAACUCCUGGACCCGCUUCUCCAUCAGUGUGCUGGAUGACCAGGUGUCCCUCUAUCUCAACUGUGACUCUGACCCCCAGGUGCUCCGCUUUGAACGUUCCCCAGAUGAGAUGGAGCUAGAAUUAGGAGCUGGGAUCUUUGUGGGACAAGCUGGAGGAGCCAAUCCUGACAAGUUUCUGGGUGUUAUUGGAGAUCUGAAGGUUGUGGGAGACCCUCGUGCAGCUGAACGGCACUGUGAGGAGGAUGAGGAUGACUCAGAUGCAGCCUCUGGUGAUUAUGGAAGUGGUUAUGAAGGCACUCACACAGUCUCGACCACAGCUUCCUCUCUCCGUCCCAUUCAGGUGCCGCCAGUGACUCACACCGAGACAGGCCCAGUCGGUGCUCGAGGAGAGAAAGGGGACAAAGGAGAGAAGGGAGCUAAAGGAGACCGUGGCCCCGAGGGGCCCAAGGGAGACACAGGGUCCGGGACAGGAUCCGGAGGCCCCAAAGGAGAUAAAGGCAGCCCAGGAGAGAAAGGAAUGAAGGGUGUUGCAGGUUUUGGUUAUCCUGGCCCAAAGGGUGACCAAGGACCAUCUGGCCCACCAGGCCCUCCUGGCCCUCCUGGCCCCAGUGCUGACGUGGUGGAGAGAGGAGAUGGGUCUGUAGUGCAGAGGGUUGCAGGACCCAGGGGACCACCAGGACCGCAAGGGCCACCAGGCCCAGCUGGGCCUGCUGGAGCUGAUGGAGAACCUGGUGACCCUGGUGAAGAUGGAAUUGCUGGCCCAGCUGGACCCCCAGGUUUCCCAGGAACCCCAGGAGACCCUGGACUUAAAGGAGACAAAGGUGACAGGGGUGAGGGCCAGCCAGGACCCAGGGGACCACCAGGGCCCCCAGGACCGCCAGGACCACCAUCUCGCUCAGACCGGCCUACAUUUGUGGACAUGGAGGGCUCUGGUUUUGGUGAUCUGGAAGCUGUGCGGGGAUUGCCUGGCCUCCCUGGCCCACCUGGCCCACCUGGACCCCCAGGACCUGCAGGACCUGUCAGCACUGCAGUGUCUGCUGGCUCUGGUGGCUUUGGGCCCCCUGGUCCCCCUGGACAGAACGGAGCGCCUGGAAAACCAGGGGUUCCUGGACCACCGGGUGCAGACGGCAAACCAGGCCAGCCUGGCCCCAGAGGAGAGAAGGGUGACGCUGGUGAGCUCGGCCUACCUGGAGCAGUGGGAGAAAAGGGUGCUCAAGGACCUCCUGGUCCUAUUGGAAGAGCAGGAGAGCCUGGGCUCGCUGGACUUCCUGGCCCAAUGGGACCUGUUGGGCCACCAGGACCUCCGGGACCUCCAGGGCCGAGCUACCAUGCUGGCUUUGACGACAUGGAGGGAUCUGGUGUAGGUGUUUUCAGCGGCACACCUGGUGUCAGAGGACCAGCAGGAGUACAGGGUCCUCCUGGAAUUCCAGGUCUGCCGGGUAAACCUGGUCUACCUGGAAUAAAAGGAGAGAAAGGCAGUGAAGGACUUCAGGGAAGAGAUGGCCGGCCUGGCCUGGAUGGAUUUCCAGGACCACAGGGAUCCAAGGGUGAUCGUGGAGACAAAGGAGAGAGAGGUGAACCAGGUCGGGAUGGUGGCGGUCCUCCAGGCCCACCUGGCCCUCCCGGACCUCCAGGACAAGUUAUCUAUCUGUCUUCAGAGGGCCAUGAUACAGUGGUUGGUGGCCAGGGUGUACCUGGCCUUCCUGGUCAAGCAGGAUUCCCCGGCCCAAUGGGACCGAAGGGUGAGCGAGGAGAUUCUGGCCCUCCAGGUUAUGGUUUAAAGGGUGAGAAAGGAGAACCUGGUAUGGUUAUUGGACCUGACGGAAGUCCUCUUUAUCUCGGUGGUCUGGCAGGUCCAAAGGGUGAUAGAGGACCUCCUGGACCAGUAGGACCUACUGGGCCAUAUGGUCCUCCCGGCUUGAAGGGGGAGAUCGGAAUGCCAGGCAGGCCUGGUCGUCCAGGUGUGAACGGAUAUAAAGGAGAAAAAGGAGAGCCAGGCUCAGGCGCGGGAGCAGGUUAUGGAUACCCUGGUCCACCAGGCCCUCCAGGGCCCCCUGGUCCCCCGGGCCCCUCCGUGCCUUUGGACAGAUUUGGUAGAUAUGAAGAUAGCGGAAGGACAUAUCCAGCUAUGAAAGGAGAGAAGGGAGAUCGUGGAGCCCCUGGUGUAUCAGGACCACCAGGCAACUUUGACAUUUACACUUUGAAGAACGAGCUGAAGGGUGAGCGUGGAGAUGCUGGUCUGAAAGGGGAGAAGGGUGAGCCGGGCUUCUAUGAUCCACGUUUUGGAAGUGGACAACCAGGACCCCCCGGAAGCCCUGGACUUCCUGGUCCCAAAGGGGAUUCUAUCAGAGGGCCCCCUGGUCCCCAGGGUCCACCAGGGCCUCCUGGUGUUGGUUAUGAAGGACGACAAGGAAACCCAGGACCACCUGGACCUCCUGGACCACCUGGUUCACCCUCCUUACCUGGAGCGUACAGACCCUCACUCAGCAUUCCUGGCCCUCCUGGUCCCCCUGGUCCACCUGGCCCACCUGGCCAAAACAAUGGGGUAACGAUACUGAGGUCAUAUGACACACUGCUUACAACAGCACCUAGACAACCAGAGGGAACCCUCAUCUAUAUCGUGGAUAAAAGUGAUCUCUAUAUCAGAGUGCGGGAUGGCGUCAGACAAGUCAUGCUUGGAGAUUAUAGCCCCUUUUACAGAGAUUUGAACAAUGAAGUGGCGGCAGUGCAACCACCUCCAGUCGUCCAGUACUCCCAAGACCACUCGGCCAAUAACGGGGCAGAGCACUUUUCCCAUGGUGGAUCUGCCACCCAGCCUGUUGAGCAUCCAGCGCGCCAUCCAGCAGAGAGGCCUGGGAGGGAGCCUCCUCAACAAGGACAUGUGGCUCCUGCCCCGCCUGACUCCCGCUACGACCCCCGCUACUCCUCUUACCCAGAUCCCAGGUACGCUUCUCAGCCGGACCCUAGGUAUCAGCCCCAGCCGGACCCUAGGUAUCAGCCCCAGCCGGACUCUAGGUACUCAACCCACACGGAUCAGAGGUACAUUCCUGUGCAGCCAGAGAGGUACCCCAUCACCCCCGCCCGCAGACCCAGCGUACCCGUCGUUCAGCCUCAAGGUCACACGCAUACAUCAGGACCAGGGCUGCACCUGAUCGCCCUGAACAGCCCGCAGGUGGGGAACAUGCGGGGCAUCCGUGGAGCCGACUUCCUGUGUUUCCAGCAGGCACGGGCUGCAGGGUUGAAGGGCACGUUCAGGGCCUUCCUGUCCUCCAAGUUGCAGGAUCUCUACAGCAUCGUCCGCAAGUCUGACAGACACACGCUGCCCAUCGUCAACCUCAAAGACCAAGUGUUGUUCAGCAGCUGGGAGUCCCUGUUUGGUGAUUCUGAGGGCAGGAUGAAGAGCAAUGCUCCCAUCUACUCAUUCGAUGGCAGAGAUAUCCUUAGAGACAGCGCAUGGCCAGAGAAAAUGAUCUGGCAUGGCUCUAAUGGUAAGGGUCACCGCCAGACGGAUAACUACUGUGAGACAUGGCGGACGUCGGACCACGCGGUGCUGGGUCUCGCCUCAUCUCUGCAGGCCGGACAGCUUCUCCAGCAGACGCCCAGCAGCUGCUCUGGAUCUUACAUAGUGCUGUGCAUCGAGAACAGCUACAUCACACCCUCCAAGAAGUAAAGAGCCUGACUGUCCCAUAGAGCUAGGCAACACUAUCUUAACUGUCCAAGUAGGACAUUUUUUAUCCACAAGUGCCCUGCUUCUAAAUAUGAAAAAAAGAAAAGAAUUAUAAAAAAGAAAGACAGGAGCUGGGUCUGCAUGGCAGAGAGGCUGCCCGUUGUCCUCUGGUUCCCUCUGUAAUGCCAAAGAGACAGUAGCGUUGGCUAUGUUUCUGGGCAUUGGCACAUAUUUUCCAGUUGAACCAGAGAAGAGAGGCCAACCGAGAAAGGCAGGGUUUUUAACUGUAUCCAUAUAAAAAAUUGUAUAUGAAAUGUUGGUUGUUUAUGUUGUUUUGUUUUAUGUUUUCUGUUUAUUAAUGUUUCUUUAUAAAAUGUCUUAAUUGGUAUAUUUAACCAGUUUUAGCUACAUAUUUUUGUGUAACUGUUUUGUUUAUUGCUUCAGUUUUCAUCCAAGGAUAGGUGGAUAUUGAGGGGUAGAGAAUUUACAGAGAGAGUAAAUAUUUAUUUUGCAGUAAAGAUAACUACAUUAUGAAUUUGAAACAGAAAAUAUAGAACACCUUUUCCAUGCCUUUUUCAGGCUAUUUUUUACAGCUUAUGGCUUAUAUGUAAACACGUAAAAGUGUGACACUAAAAUAGAUCAACUACAACCACAGCAAAAGAAUACACUGCAAAAAGUGAUAUCUUAGCCAGUGGAAUUUUCUUAAAUCUAGUCAAAAAAUCUAGAAAUUCUCAUUUUGAGAUUGUUGUAAGCUUAUUGUAAGAUUAUGUAACAUAUUUCCAUGCAUGUAUUACUUGUUGUGAUUUUAGUAAGUCAAAUUAUCUAUUUUAAACUAACUAACUAUAUUUGCAGAUAAUUUUGCUUAAAACAUAUUUCUUAAAACAAUCAAAACUAUCUGCUUACAUAGUAAGUUCAUUUGACUAAAAUCACUAAAACAAGUAAUAAAGUCUAGAGAUAAGUAAUCUUAUAAUAAGCUUACAUCAGUCUCCAAAUUAGAAAUAUUAGAUAUACCUACUAGAUUUAAGACAAUUUCACCUGCAAAGAUACUGUUUUUUUCUGUUGUGUAAAUCCAUGAAUUAUUUUAUAUAUUUAGCCCCUAAAGAACUUUUGUACAAACAAAAACAUUGAGAUGAUUCUUUAAUAUUUCUCAGCUGUAUGUAUGGGAUCAAAUGUAUAUGAAACGUGUUUGUCAGUGGAAAAUUCCUAUGGACGUUCUUCUCCAUGUCGUUAUCUUCUUGUUCAUUCCAGACAAGUUUUCUAUAGGAUAUAAAAGAGGAUGAAUAAUAUGUAAAAAGCAAAAGUUUUCUAGUUUAAAUCAGAGAACAGUUUGUUAAAAGUUCUUUUUUUGUUUUCUGUUAAUGGAAAAAUAGCUACAAGUUCCAAAAACCCAGUCAUUCACUGCUGGGUACAAAAGACGUUUAAGCUCAGUUGGGUGCUGUUUUGUAUGAGAGUAAGCUCAGAGAUGUAGUUUAUCAAGACACUUAAUCUUAGACCUGUGUGAGAGUUCAGAUGCUGACCCUGCUGUAGAGGAGAUGAUUCAGUACAACCCUGUGGAACUCAAGUCCUUUUUGUAAUCCACCAUUUUUACAAGGCACUGAAUAAAUGAUUUUUCUCCAUUCACAAAA